AUGGCGAAGGAUCCCCAGGUGCUGAUCGCGUACGACAACUUCUGCCGCCAGGAGCAGAAGAAUGAGCAGGUCGUUGGGCAGAAGAACGAGCAGAAGAAUAUGACCACGUCCCUAAUCGCGAAGUGCCAGUACAUCCACAAGAACAUCAACAAGGGCAUGGUCAAUUGGAAGACGCCACUCUUGGCCAAGAGCAUCAUUCGCAACCUCGGCAGCAAGGACACCAGUAUGGCCGCUGCGAUUGGCAACGAGAUCAUUAACCAACUGUUUGGGUCCGGUGGCAGUCGUCCGCAAUGGCCAGUGCUUGACGAGCUGAUCCAUGCGCUUACCCAAGUGCUGUCGCUGCCGGUGUCGAUGAAUGAUGAGGCCUCCCUUAAGGGGACGUAUGCGGUGCAUGAGGACGUCUGGCUGAGGUUUCUGAAGUUCUGCAGAGAAGACUUCAAGGCUGAGAAGAGUGGUCGGUUGUGGCUCAUCCAUGGUGACCAGAUGACGAUCGAACGCGCUCGCUCGGUGAUGAAGGAGAUGGUCGAGAGCGAGCUCUCGUUCGACAAGAAGGAUUGGAUGCUUCCGAUCCCUGCCUGGUUCCACAUCAAGAUGAAUAACCUGUGGACUGUUGCAAUGCGCACGCACUAUGAUCUAAACAAGGACGGCGAUGUCCUUGAUCACGGCCUCAAAGCCGACAACAAGUACUUCGGCAUUAAGAAGAUCACCAACAAGAACCCCAAGUUCUUUAACACGCAGAGUCUUGUUGUUCGUGGGUUCAAGGCUUGCGUUCUCGGCAUGUUCGUGCAGGAACUGAAGGAUCGCCAGGAUUGCACGUUCGUUCGGCGCGGUGAUGAAUCUGAUCUGGAUGCGAUCCGUCGCUCGGUGUCUGAUAUGGGCAAGACCAAGUAUCUGGAAGUCUUGGAGUCCAUCUACCAGAAGGCGUUCACUGCGAAGGCGUGGAAAGGAACUGAUGCUACGGCCGAGGAUCCGACCUUCAUUAAGGAUCCGGUAUUUACGACACAGGCCCGCAUGAUGCAAGAAGUGGAGCUCUUUAUGACCAUUGGCAAGGCGACUCGGAUGGAGGACAUUGGCCACAUGCGCCGCCUCGUGGAUCGAUUGAUUAUCCAGUUCCUUAGUGCAGGCCAGAGCAACUACGGUCGUGAGAUGAUCUACCUGCGGUGGUUGUUGAGCGAGGCUGUCGAUGAAGAACUCCAGACCGGUAUCCUGGCUUCCAGUGUCCUGAACCAGUCUGGUCAUCGCAGCAAGGCAGUGGCCACGGACGAGCUCGUCGAAAUCUACAAUAUGGAGUACUCCAUGGACAUCAAGCAGCACGCCAACUCCACGCACACUCUCGACAAGACCUUUCGUCGCAUCGCCCUCAUGCGCGAGUGCACCCGUGUGCUGAAGCUGAUCUUCGGUGGACUCGGAGCGACGUACACUAACUAUCACACUGCGAAGAACACAUCCGACGACAUCAUCGGAUAUGGCAUGCAGCUCCAGGAGAAGGGCCUCUCGUCCAUCAAGGCUCGCACUGGUGCCCUGUCAGAGGACAUCCGGCAAGCUGGUGUGGAACUUCUGUUGUCGAAGGUCGGUAACUUCAACACUGAGAACCGGCGUUUCGCGCGUGGUAUCACCACGGUCUCGCCAAACUUCGACGAUGGUGAGCCUGAGGAUUUCGGUCAACACAGUGAAGCUGCUGCUGAGGAUGGCGAUGAAGCAUUCAUUGCGGCUGGUGGAGGCGGCGAGGACGAGAUCGAGGAGGAGAUCGGGGAAGAUGACUGGGAGGAUGUUGCAGACGAUGGGGCUGUCGGUGGAAUGAGCAGCGCCUUGUGA